AUGCCUACUAUCAAGGUCGCGGUGAUUCAGUUGUACCCCAAACCCUUGGAUCUCGAGCACAACUUCAAAAAAGCAUCAAAUUUCGUUCGGUCUGCCGCAGCCCAAGGCGCUGAGCUUGCCGUGCUCCCAGAAUACCAUCUCACGAAUUGGCUACCGAAAGACCCAUCAUUCGCUGGUCUUUGUGACCAAUGGGAGACGUAUCUGAAGAAGUAUCAAGAGCUGGCGAAAGAGUGUGGGAUUUGCAUUGUGCCCGGGACUAUUGUCGAGGGGCAUAGGGGAGAGGAGAAAGAGGAGGAUCGGUUGCUGAAUGUGGCGUAUUUCAUUGGGAGGGAUGGGGAGAUUCUGGGGAAGUAUGUCAAGAAGAACCUUUGGGGCCCAGAACGCGACCACCUAACCUCGUCCAUGCACGCCCCCCAUGAAGUCUUCGAUACCCCAAUCGGCAAAGUCGGCAUGCUCAUCUGCUGGGAUCUCGCGUUCCCCGAGGCCUUCCGCGAGCUCAUCGCCGCAGGCGCAAAGAUCAUCAUCAUUCCCACUUUCUGGACCCUCAAUGACUGUAAUGCCGCUGGCCUGGCCAGAAAUCCGGCAAGUGAGGCGCUAUUCUUGGAUAGUAUGUUGACGACUAGGGCGUUUGAGAAUACGUGUGCGGUUGUGUUUGCGAAUGCGGGGGGGCCGCCGGGGAAGGGGUAUGCGGGGUUGAGUCAGGUUACGGUGCCGUUUGUGGGGCCCCUGGCGAGAUUGGGGAGUGCAGCUGAGGGAAUGGUUGUUGUGGAUGUUGAUAUGCAGACGCUGGAGGAUGCGGAGGCGAACUAUCAGAUCAGGAGUGAUAUUUCGAGAAGUGAUUGGCACUACGAUUAUAGGCACUCGCGGUUGGACAAUCCGCACUCAGGGGACAAUGAAGGGACAAGGGAUGAGCAAGAGAGUAGGGAUUAGUACGUCGACUCGCUUUGCACAGCCGUUUAGCGCUGGUGUAAGGUCUUGACGUUGACUAGACUUUGCAUUGCUCAGGAUAGCACCUGAUAGAUCCUAGUAGUAGCCAUAAAGUAGUCGAGAUCGCUCCGACCAACACGAGCGAAAGAAGCAAAAGUACGCCGAAGUCCAUCGCUCACGGUGCAGCGGAGCGUGCUCCAUGAAACCCGGGAUAUAAUCACCUCUAGCGGAUAACAUAUCCGAA